GCGCUGGGCCAGCCAGCGGGUCUGGUAGCGGCGUUGACAUUCCUCCAGAACAGCAUCCCCAGUCCACACAUCGAUCAAGAACCCAACCCUCGCAUCGGACAUCGUGGGUCCCAGAAUAUGAGCUUAUCGUCACACCACUUCUCUGAUGCCCCUUACUCUCAUUAA